UUCUAACACUUGCUCUGUCUCCAUCUACUGGAAAGAGGUGUUGGACCGACCAGUAUCCAGGCUGACUUCACAGCCAUAGAGGAGACAACCAAAAUAGCUGGUCUAGGCCCGGCUUGACUUCGUCUUGCGCCUCGGAAUUUGUCUCUUUUUGAUCGCAGGAGGAAAACAAACAGAGCGCGCUGGUCUUACUGGGAUGGACCUGCUUUUCAGGUUUCUCUCUGAAUUCCCCCCACGCCUCAUUAGCCACUGACAGCAGCAGCCAGGAGGGGAGCCCCGCCGUCCCGUGGAUCCGAGGCCACUCCAGCACCACGCAUGGAACAUGGCUGCUAUGAGGACUUUAACCGUGGCGGGUCUGGUUUUGGCUUUCUGCGCUCUGGGGCUCAUCGCCGUGGCCAUCAGCACCGACAACUGGUACGAGACGGACGCCAGGCGGCACCGGGAGCGCUGCAAGAACUACUCGAACAAAAGGAACGACCCGGGCUACAUCUACAUCUCCAACCUGCCGCUCCGGAUGCUGCCGAGGGACAGAGCCGCCGGGAGGAAAGGCGGCGACGCGCUGCAGCUGCUGCGGGCCAAGCGCCACUUCCUGCCGCCCCCUGCCUCCGCCAUGGAGUCCCUCUGCAGUCGGCAUUUCAACUCCACCAUCACGGGGCUGUGGAGGAAGUGCCACCGAGAGGGCUUCGACCUGGAGACGGAGGAUUUGAUCUUUAAAGGACUGAUUCAGCGCUGCACGCCCAUCAAAUACUACUACUCUUCAUCAGCGCUGCCCAGAAACCUGCCAAUCAACCUGACCAAGACCAUCAGGCAGGACGAGUGGCACGCGCUACACCUCCAGAGGAUGACUGCCAGCUUCAUCGGCAUGGCCAUUUCCAUCAUCCUGUUCGGAUGGAUCAUAGGCGUGCUGGGCUGCUGUCAGGAGCAUGAUCUGAUGCAGUAUGUGGCUGGACUCCUCUUCCUCAUGGGAGGGACGUGCUGUAUAAUUUCCCUCUGCACAUGCGUGGCCGGGAUCAACUUUGAACUGUCCCGCUAUCCCCGCUACAUGUUUGGAAUACCAGAGGACAUCAGUCACGGCUACGGCUGGUCCAUGUUCUGUGCGUGGGGCGGACUGGGCCUCACAUUGCUGGCUGGUUUUCUCUGCACACUGGCUCCUUCCCUUUACCCCCCGCACACCCCUGUGGUGCACAAGCCCAGACAAGAAAAUGGCUGCGUGUGACGGGCCAACCCGCAUCCAUCCCUGACUCCAGAGACAAUUCUUGACCGAGGACUCAGUAAACCUCGACGCACGGAGGACAAACACUGUCUCCGUCUCACAUGACAAAGAGGAGACAUUUGACUGAAUUUCGGUUCCUCUGGUGCUUUCUUUCUGCCCCACUUUAUGAACAAACAGUUUACUGACAUUGCUUGCUCUCCAGGAGGGGAACAUGAUCAUUUCUUCCUGUAAAGUCUGCUAAAUUUGAGAAGAAAAGAAGAAGAAAAAAGUAGGAAAAAGCAACUGUCAGAAGACAAAUAGCACAACUUUGGUGAAAUAAACUGUAAAAAGAUAAAACUAUGGAUGUGUAUCAUCACAUUUCAAAGGGCAACUGUGUAUCAUUAUGUACCCAUUGAAAACAAAAUAUGUACUUGUACUUUUUGACUUGUAUGUAUGCAGAUGCAUUUGUGUUUAUUCAAGGGGAAAAAAGAGCAUUAAGACCAAACUGUGUGUUUAAGGGAAAUAUUUUGUUCUUCUUGAGGUCUGAUCCCCAUCAAGAUAUUUUUUGAAAAAUAAAACAGCCAUGCAAAAUGUUUUCUGCCUAAAACACUGAACAGACAUCAUGUAACUGUUUUUGUGGGCGUCAGAAGAUCUGACAUGAGUUUAUUGGCGUGUCAAGAGGCAGAAAAACAGCAGCUGAAGGGAUUUCUGACAGUUACGAGCAGCUAUUUGCAGGCUGCUGUUUCAUGCAGACGCCUCCAUAAGAGCUUUUAUGAGCAAAUGUCAGCGGCCAAGAUGUGAGUCAGAGACCAAAAGUGAGUGACAAAAGUGACAGAAAUAGAUCAAUCCAAAUAAAACAGAAACUAACAAUGAC